ACAGAAAUCGUGACUUUAAAAUGAAUGACAUGAAUAAUCAGACUGCUCACGUGAAUUAUUAAAAUACAAGGUUCCAAUGUUUGCUCUGAUCAUUAUUUAAAGGAUCGCCUAAGAUUGCGUUCAUCCGAGAUAUCUCUGUUUCAUCUUCCCUAGCUGGUUGUUGAAAGAAACGGUGCUAAAAAUCUUACAAACAUAUAACAACCCAAGAUGGGAUUCAUACAAAUAUUGGAUGCAAGGUGGAUAAUUCUGGUGCUGGCAGUAGUCAAGCCAAGUUACGGGACCGUCGCCUGGGACUCCGCGUGCGGCGUGUCAAAGGGAUGCUUCCCGGACUGCCAGAGCAGUGGCUGCAGCUACCUGGUCACGUGGGACCCGGCGGCCGGCUCCACCAUCACGUUCAAUAUGAAGGCUGACGAAUCAGAGACCAACAUGUAUCUCGCCCUUGGGUUCUCCAGUGAUCUUCGAAUGGGUGAUGACAGCGUGGUGGCGUGCUUCCCGCUCAGUGGCUCGAACGCGGCCUCCGUCCAGUCCUGGUUCAACGAGGGUGACGACAGCGACCCCUUAUCACCCUCUUCUACGGGCCUCUCAGGAACUGCGGUCACCCAGAGCAACGGCGUUAUCUCGUGUGACUUCACGCGUGAUGUGAGCGUGAGCGGGAACUCGCAAUUCUUCGACCUGAACACCCAAUAUCGUCUUAUGCUCGUGUUAGGAGAGGCAGAGUACGAAGAUGGUGCUUGGAAGAUGGAGGAACACCACAUGAUCCCGUGGACGUCGGACGGCAAGGUGAACUUCCUGUCCACUAGUAUCUACUCCCUCUACAAACUGAACAGCCCGCUCGUCAAACUGCACGGUAUUAUGAUGGUGUUGGCGUGGAUGUUGUGCUGCACCGUCGGUAUCGUUAUUGCCCGCUACCAGAAGGACAUGCUGCCAGACAAGAAACUCUUCGACACCAAAUACUGGUUCCAGCUGCAUCGCGGUUCUAUGAUCGGCCUAGUUGUGUUUGGAGUGAUCGGGUUUAUCCCUAUCUUUGUCGAGCUGGAGGGGUACAGCCAGCUUACGCCGCCGUCGUCCAAGAGCGCCACCAAAGCCCAUCCGAUCCUAGGCAUCAUUUGCACCGUUAUCAUGUUUCUCAAUCCGGUGAUGGGCCUGCUCCGACCUGGUGGCGACCACAAAUUGCGGCCACUGUUUAACUGGGCUCAUCUCGGGGUUGGCGUGAUCGGUCAUAUACUUGCAGUUGUGGCGACGAUGAUGGGUCUUGCGAUGGAGCGUUCCGAUAUUCCGGUGGGCGGGCUGAUCACUGGUCUGAUCUGGCUGGGCGUCAUUGUCAUCUUUGCGAUCAUUAUGGAAGUUCUAAAGUGGCGGGACAACAAAAACAAACAAACAGUAGACACUAAGAACGCUGCAAAUGGGAUGGAAAUGGAGGAGAAGAAGGAGGAAAAACAGAAACAGGCGACAUCCCUCAACUUUAUUUUGUUUCUGGUAUUCUGUGUGGUGAUGUUUUGUUUCUUCAUCGCUAUCAUGGCUGUCAUCGCCGCCAGCUAGACCUCGAUGUUCGACGCUUCAUGACUUCUCCGUGCUGUGCCGUUUCAUGUAUUGACAAUAUUUAUUGAUAAUGUUAUUAGAUCGUUCCGUUGUGUUAAAACGGGAAAAGGGUAUUUAACUUUGAGAUUUUGGUAUAUAAUAUCAUAAUUAAUUUGUUGCUUUGUGACAGAUCGAGUGCCAAAUUAAGUGGCUCUUAAAGUUACACUCUCACAGAUUGACCGUUUCGGCAACUUUUUUUUGUCUGGGAUUGAGCCAUUUUUUUUUUACAUAAGUCUAUGGAUACCAGUGUUACAAGACUGCUGACAAAAGAUCAGUUUUAUAUAUUUACGUGCGAAAAUGGUUGUGUUUUUUUAACUAAAAGCGUUUCUAACGCUUUAAGGUAAAAUGAGUUUUUCUACAAUUUUCCAAACAAGUGAGAUCUGUUCUUUUGUGAGUUAAGACUGAAUGAAAGGCAUUGAAGCCAUAAUCAGCUGGCCCCAAUUUCUCGAAACUUCUUAAGCUUAACAGGCUUAAGUCGCUUAUUUCAAUUAGCCAAAAUACAUAAUGAAAAUGGAUUUUGAUAAAUGAAAAAUGGUUUAUUCUGAUAAUCAUACAGAUUAUUCCUAUAGAAUUUCUAAAAAUUCUCGAAGAAGUAAAUAUAACACAUUUUAUAGAACAACAAAAAUAGUGAGAUUAGCUUAAUCCUGUUAUAAUGGACUUAAGAAGUUUCGAGAAAUUGGGGCCCGGUUCUUAGACAAAAAUGUCAAAACUGUCAAUCUGUGAGAGUGCAGCUUUGAAGACUAUGGUUAAAAGAGCUUUUAAAUUUGCACUCUUAACAGAUUAACCGUAUUGACAACUUUCUUAUAAUUUUGUCUGGAAACCAUUGGUAUAAGACUGCUGAAAAAAUAUCAGAUUUCAUUUUAUGUUUACGUUCGAAAAUUGAUGAGUUAUGGCCAAAAGCGUUUUUAACGCUUUUAGGAAUAAAAAAAAUGUUUUUCGGCAAUUGAGAUCUGUUCUAUUGUGAGUUAUCUUAUAUGACUGAAUUGAAAGCAUUGAUGCCAAAAUCAGCUGAUUCUGAGACAAUUUUUUUUAGAUAAAAUAAAAGUAAAAACUGUCAACAUGUGAGAGUGCAGCUUUAACAUUAAGGUGGAGCCAAUAGGGAACAAACUUAUUUGUGGGAAGAGUUCCUUUAUUUCUAUCCAGAAAAGUAUUAAGAAAUCCGGUGUAGUUAGUUUCAUAUUUUGAAGUAUCUAUUUUUAGAUUCCUAACUUACUUUAUUUAUUUUACAUUAUUUUCCCUCGUGCUACAUUUUAAGCGGGUUGAAUUUUAAAAAUGUCUAUGAAUGAAUAUACAUUUUGCACUCUUGAAAUUACUAGGUUGAAAUCACGCCAGUUUCUUUCAUAUUUAAGAGUACGUAUUUUCAUGUUUGUAAGCUUACUUUAUUUGUUUUGUAUUACCAUUCCCCUUUGCUACGUUUUAAACGCUUUGUUUUUAAGAUAUCUAGUUUUAUAAAUAAAUACACAUUUGUAU